AUGAAAUUGCUGGGUUCAGUGACACUCCCGGACAACCACGUGCCCGAAAAAGACCUGGUUUCGAAAAAAGAAUGCACCUGGCCUGUUGAAGAGCGCGUUGGCCUUUUCCGUCUUCUGGACACCGGCACCGAACGGCCUCGAGGGGUCUCGGAUAAGGCCGAGGGAGAGCCGCGGAACUUGCCCUCAGGUGACACGAUAAGGCCAUUUAGUGCAACAUGA